GACCAACGACUCAAAGGGCAUACCUAUUUACCUGCAUAGGGGUUGUCGUCGCCAUUGAACUUCAUCGUUCAUCGUUUUUGGCUAAGCUUCGAAAUUCAGAAAUCUAUAGCGAAGAUGAUGCACAUGACCUUCUAUUGGAGUCACCAAGUGACUCUCCUGAUCGAUUCAUGGAAGACCCAGGAUUGGAUCGGUUACAUCCUCACUUUGCUCGCAUGCAUCAUCGUUUCUGUUUUCUAUCAGUUUCUGGAGAAUCGCCGUAUUCGGUUAAAGCUGAUCGGCAUCGGAAAGCCCUUUCCGGCGGAGAUCGAGACCCCUCUUCUGCGACGGAAGCUCGCCGGAAACGGUGCUAAGAUGGGCGUGAAGGUGGCUGGAGCUUUUCUGUUUGGGUUGAGCUCGGCGAUCGGGUACUUGUUGAUGUUGUCCGUCAUGUCCUUCAACGGUGGGGUCUUUGUGGCCAUCGUUGUGGGUCUUGCUAUUGGUUAUUUCUUCUUCAGGAAUGAGGGUGAAGAUUCCAUUGUCGUUGACACUUCUUGUGCCUGCGCUUAAUUGCUUUUAAAUCUUUCAGUUUUCUGUAACUUGUUCUUAUUCUGUUCAUUUUUAGUAUUGUUAUUAUUUCCUGUUUUAAUUUAGUCCUCUUGUUUAUGUAAUUUUGUGUAUGUAAUUGUAAUUGUAAUUCUAAUCUAUGUAUGAGAAACAUGGACGCUCAAAUAAAAAUUGUAAUUGUAAUUUUGUCUAUUGUUGCAUCCACAGUC